AUGAAGAACCAAAUGUUUUCGAUCAAACACCUCCUGUAUGGGUACUGUCAGUCGAGCAGUGAGAAAGAUAUCGUGCCAGAGCAUGACGUUGAAGAGGGAAGUAAAAAUAAGAAAAAGAAGAAAAUUCGACCUUCAUUCACAAAGAAACAGAUAGCAGUACUGGAGGAACGAUUUGCUGCACAAAAAUACUUGAGUUCUACGGAACGCUCGUUAUUGGCCGAAGAACUGAAGAUGAGUGAUGUACAGGUGAAAACAUGGUUCCAGAACAGACGCACAAAAUGGAGGUUAACCCGUAGGCUUCGUCGUCGUGCUUCAUUGAAGAGGUAG